AUCUCCGUACCUUGGAAACCAAACCGCCAAAACUCCGCUGUCAAAAUGCACUUUCUCAAGAACGUCCCCAGCACCACAAGCACCAGCAGCGCCUUCUACUACGACCGCGCCCCCGACACCACCGCCAAAUGGGUGGUCUUCAAAAGGUACUUAUUGAACUUGGAGGAGAAAACGGCCUGCAACCGAAGCGCCACGAGCUGGUUUUUACUGCUGACGUUCUACAUCAGUUUCCUCGCCGUAUGUUGGGGUCUGUUGGUCUUGAUGAUUUUUGGGGGAGUCACCGCCAUCGAUUACUUCGGUCAAGGACAGAUGGUUGACGUGGCGUCCAUGAAGCACCCCAAUCACUGA